CAAACCGAAUCCGGCCGAUGUGCUUGUCGCUCCCUUGUAAGCGAAGUUGACCGCCGUUUUAGUUUUUCAAUUCUAUGUUUUGUGUAUGAAAAUUAUGACAAAAACUAAUUUUCAUGAAUGAAUACGUGACAAAAUGUUUCAAAAUAAUAUUCAAUAGCAACGUAUGCAGUUAUUAAAGUGAUAUUUCAUCGCGAUACGAUAUUUUCUACCCCUGUUUCGAUUAAUGGAGGGUAUUCUUGUUUAUAAAUAUUGAUUUGUUGCAUAUGAUAUUUUGAACUGUUACUAUUGUGAUUGUAUAGUGAAAUGUAGGCAGAUGAUUGUGUGUAACGAGGUAUUUAACGGCAAUGCAACAGUUGGAUACUAGCAGUGGUUCCACCAUAAUGAACUGCGAGAGGUGAUUACGAUCGUGUUUUUUGUGUUUUAUUGUGUUUGAUAAGUGUUUUUUGACAAUGGAAGGAACAACGGAAAAGGAUUGCUCUCCUUUAUGGAAUCUGUACCAGCAAAUCGUAUCAGAUAUGAAGAACAGUACACCGAUGUGGGAGGAAUUCAUAUCUAAGGCUACAAAACUUCAUUCGGCUUUGAAGUCAGCGUUGGUGGCCAUAGCGGCGUUCCUAGAUGCCUUCCAGAAAAUAGCAGACGCAGCUACGAAUGCAAGAGGAGCGACAAAGGAAAUCGGCACAGCACUAACAAGGGUUUGCCUGCGUCAUCGGGCAAUAGAAUCCAGAAUGAAGACUUUCAUAAGCACACUGAUGGAUCGUCUGAUCUCGCCGUUGUGUGAACGCGCUGAAGAAUGGAGGCGUGGAGCUUGCGGCGGUGCUCUGGGCCGAGAACAUGCACGUGACUGCAAGCGGGCCCGGGCAGAGUUGCGCCGGCGCGUGCAAGAGGCCCAGCGGCAUGCGAGGAAAGCAAGGCGCGCGCCGCCUGACGCUAAACGACGGGCUGACGUGUCUAUGCAGGACGUUCAGGAGCGCAAACAGCAAUUGGAAGAAAUGGAAGAGAAAGCCGUUAAGGCUGCUUUGAUUGAGGAGCGUAGUCGUUUCUGCCACUUUGUUACUCUACUCGAUCCCGUUGUGGAGAGUGAAGUCGCGAUGCUCGCUGAAGUGGGCCACUUGCAGGAGGGCAGUGAACAGCUGCUGCGACACACAUCCGAACCCAGGACUCUACCGGCCGCCAGUCUCCAGGUGAUUUGUGACGUGAAGUCUUGCUACAGCGGCUGGGCGGAGAGCGAAUCCGCCCCCCAUUCGCCGUCAGCGUCAUCUCGUCUCGGGAGCCGAAAGUCUUCUCUCACUUCGAUAUCCUCAUUGAAUAGUCAAUGUUCUGACCAGCAACAUGGUGUGUCCGGAUCUACAGUUAGUUGUUCAACGCCGAUAUCUAAUUCGUCCGGAGGAACGAUUCCAGCAACUUGCGGAGAAUCUCAAAGAUGUUUGUCGCAGUCAGGGCUGCGUCUGUCGAGCGUCUGCAGUUCGGACUCUGGCUUCCGAUCGCAGGACACGUUGCAGCGACGAUCGCUCUACAUUAAUGUACUGUCAUCAGCUACUUGGCCAGAUCUAAAAGACACUGCGCAAUUCGAAAGAGCCGCCUCAGCCAUAAUGAGUGGAAGACCACACACAAUAUCUUCAGGUAAAAUAUAUCAUUGUUUGUUAGAAAACUAUACUAGAUGUUCAUCAUUAGAGCGACCGUCUCUGCCCGCCAAGACAGUGAAUGCCAACACUGGACAGCAGGAAAUAAAACCAAUCAAACCAUCCUCUCUGCCGCCACAUCUCACUAAAGAAAUGCCGCAAGCUUUAUACGUGAAUAUGUCUGAGUUGGCAACACUGGCAGCUACGCGAGCACAACAACAACAGCAACAACAACAACAACAACAACAGCAACAGCAACAACAAGGCUCUGAGUUCCCGCAACAGGAAAAGGUCUGCUCAGAGAGCAGUGCAAGUGAAUCUUCUUUAGAGUCUUCUAGUGGUUACGGCAGCCAGGGGGCGUUUGCUGGCGAGGACCACGCCCUUCAGCACCAAAUACAACACCCUGAUGUUGAUUCCGAGAUAGUAACGUUGCGACGCGACAACGAGGUAGCGGCAGCGAGAGAGAACUUCUCUAUAUCCCUGGGUAGUCUGGAGGAGGCAGUACGCUCCCUAGAUGAGGUCAAUGACACCCCGACAUUUGCCACCGUCAGCAAGAAACCAGCCGUGCCCAAACGCAGGCCGGUUUCUAUGGCAGCUGCGGUGUGGUCGCGCCGAGGCUCGUCCAGUUCGUUGGGGAAGCCUCCGCCCCCAGUACGGCGCUCCUCCUCGAUAUCUCGCCCGCAACGUCCUUACGUACAGAAUAACUUGAUGAGCCCUCAGAUGUGUGCGACUGAGGCGGACAAUCUGCCGCCGCCGCCAGCCUUCCUGCUGCAGCCGGACACUGACACUAAUCCUGCUCAUGCGGGAAUAAACGUAGCGGAAACCGUGAAACAACUAACUGAGUUGAAGCACAUGCCGGCCUCCCCCGGCCUGGUACGCCGCACCAUGCAGAACCAAAACCAAACCCCGAACCAAAACCAGAACUCGACUGCGAACCCGAACCAAACACAAAACCAGAACCAACCCUCAUUGAGUACGUUCCAGCAAGCUAAGAGCAACUUCAAUACCAGUGGGAAUUUGAACCCUAUAUACGGACAGACAGGACACCGCAUCAUGGCGUAUGUGGAGAAUUCCAUCUAUGUUAGGAAGAGCAGUCUGAAUGUUUCUAGCUCUGAUCUAUUUAGAGAUGCGAAUGCUGGUAUUUACGGCGAGGGCAAGGUCUCCCCGCACGGGUCCAGCCCCUCCACCCCCAGCUACGGGGAGACUAACUCCUUCUCCAGCUUCGGACCUCGCGUCAACAACGACUCGCACUACGGACAGACAGAAGGCGCGCUGAUCGCAAGUUUAAGUGCGAAGUUAACGCCGCAGUUGUCGCCGCGCGCCGCUCGCCGCGCGCCUGCAGAUAAUAAGGGGAAAGGUAACUUAUACUGUUUUACUCAUUUAUGUAGGAAAUUUAUUCCGGACCCGCGCGUCUGCCACACGUCUCUCAUGGAGCAGAUCAAGCGCGGCGCCACGCUCCGCCGCAACAAGCACUGCAACGACCGCUCCGCGCCCAACAUACGCUAGGAACGUAAGCUAGUACACAAAGUACACGACAAGGUACACCGUACUCUGUGUACUGUUUGUACUCAAGUACACUAAUUACACACCCCGGUACACUGUACUAUGUGUACUUAAAUACACUAAGUACACAACCCGUUACACUGUACUAUGUGUACUGCAGUACACUAAGUACACACCCCGGUACACUGUACUAUGUGCACUCUGUGUACUCUGUACAAGAACUCGUACACUACACGUUCUUGUAACUUAUAGAUAUUGGCAACUAUGUCUGUUUGUAGUGUGCAGAAUGUGUUUCAUCCUUUACAGUCUGAUUUUAAUUAAACAAUACUACGCAUAAACGUUCUUGAUCCUUUAGAUGUCUUUACAGUCUGAUUUUAAUUACACUAUACUAGGCAUAAAUGUUCUCGAUCCCUUACGUAUUGAAUAACUAUACUACGCAUAAAUGUUUUUGAUCCCACUAUACCACGCUUAAAUGUUCUUGAUCCCAUAAUUAAAUUAAAUAAUCGAUGAAUAACUAUACUACACAUAAAUCCUAUAUUAGUUUGUCUGAAAUGUCAGACAUGAUUCCUUAAAUAUGUAAAUUAUUAGGUGGCAUAAACAUUCUUGAGUCUAAUAAUAAUUUUAAUUACUUAUAUUUGUCAAAUAGUUUUAUGUACGAAAAUUUAAGAAUGUUUGUCAAGGUAAUUAUUUUAUUAUAAAGUAACCGUUGGGAGAUUUAAUUUCGAAUAUUUCACGAUAGUAUGACUUAAUAGUUUUUUUUGUACUAUUGCUGUCCCUUUCGUGUAAUUAUAAGAAUUAGAUGACUGUAAAACUUUUGAUUAUAAAUGUUAGAAUUAAGGCUCGAUACUGACUCGUUGAACUACGUUAAUAAAAACAAAGAGAUUCAAAAAUAUAUAGAGAAGGCAUAGACAAUUGAGAUAUUUUUCACGUCCAACAUUUUGUAACUGUCUACCUUAUUUUAAUUUUGUAAAAACAAUAAAUGAAAGGGGAAAAUUUACGAAACCGUAAGACCUGUCAAGAUGUAUGGAUCGGAAUGUUGGGCAGUAAAAGAAACGAAUGAAAGUGGAAUACAUGUGAAAGAAAUGCGAAUGUUAAGAUGGAUGUGUGGGGUAACACAAAUGGAUAAGAUACGAAAUGAGUAUAUUAGAGGAAGUU